AUGGAAACGAUCAAGAGUCUGGUACUGCAAACGUCCACCACCAGCAGCAGCUCGGACUCGCCGACUGGAGUACGGACGCUGUACGAAAAGUCCGUGCACCGAUCAACGGAUGAUCCGAUCGUUGGAGCUCUUCUGUCGGCAACGAUGACACGCCAGGAGGAUAUACAUAACCAAGAGGUCGCCACCCCUUUGCAGCUGGAGCGGCACCGGAAGCCCAACUAUGAGGAUGACUUUAUCCAUCCAAAGCUAUCGAAACUGAAGCAACCACCGGUUAUCGUCGGGGUGGCCGUGAAGCGUAGCCUCCGUAAGCCUCCACAAUCGGUACCGGUCGGGCCGGAGACAAAAGGAUUACCAUCCGAACCAUCUUCCACUGGUGAUACGUUAGCGCAGUGGCAUAAGGACAUCUUUGAGACACCGAGCCUACAGCAGGGGUGUGGUGAUCUGAUAACAACGGAGCCCCGUAAUGAGGACGAUAAAUCCUUCGAUGACCUAAUAACGCUCGAGGAGACGCAGCAGAUGAAAGGUGCAGAUGAGAUUGGUGAUAACGAUUUGAUCGAUUUCUCCAGUGACUUGGAGGAGCCCUCGAAAGCACGACCACCGGAGGUGCCACCGAAGACGCCAGGCAGAAAGCAGAAGAAGGUGACGUUUCUACUGGAACCUUCGGAAGAUGAAACCGAGAAUCACGAUGCUGUUGGUGGUAGUGGUGGUGGUCACGUUGAUAGCAGUGAGGCUGGUUCCGGACGCUGGAGUCCACAGCGGUUGGUGGUGCUGGAUGAGGGCGAUGAUACCGAGGAGCAGGUCGGUGCUGCCGUCGAAGGAAACACUGGAACGGAAACGGUCCAGUGCGCAGGCUCCUCUCCGUUACAUGGCGUUUGUAGCGUGCAGAAGAGCGAGAGUCAACAUUCCGAUGGUGAUGGCGUUGAUGGCGCUGCCAUUGGGAUGGUGGUAGCCAGCGGCGGCGAGGUUGGGAGGAAAAUCGACGAAACAUUCACGACGACCGCCGACGCAUGCGCUGCCACUAAAUCGAGCAACAACGAGGGCGACUACCACCAGCAGCAGCAGCAGCAGCACUCCGACCAACACGACCAUCGCGGUGGGGAGCGUAGUGUCAAAGGACCACCAUCGGGCCAGCAGCAGCAGCAGCUUCCAUGGACAUCGAUCGAUGAUAAGCUUCUCGAUGGGGGUGACAUUGAGAAGGGCCUCGCGGUGGUUGGGGUAGAGGGUGCAGACGGUGUGCAGAAGUGCGAGCAGUGGCGGCGGCGAAUCGAUGAACAACGUUUGCCCGAAGGAAGCACUUCCGAUGAUGACGACAACGCGGCCGCCACCGAUGAGCAACCAUCGUCGAGUCGUCUUGGCGACGAUGGCAGUCUGCUGCGAGGAUUAGAGUGUGUCAGUACUGCUAGCAUCUCGACGCUAGUAGACCAUCUACACACCGAGCGAGCGGUGCAGGAGGUGCAGGAGGUGAAGAAGAAUGUCCUAACGGAGGCGAAGGAGGACGAGGAGAAGUCGCACCAGGUGACGACAGUAUUAAGUGAAGAGAAGGGAACCCAGGUCCCUUCACCGUUCCAUCAUCAUCGUGUGAAACCCCAUCAGGUGCCUGCUUUGUCCUCGGACAGUGAGAGUGAAAAUUACUAUGGCACCUGCUCUCCGCCACCACAACCACCACAACCACCACCACCGACGGUAGUGCACCAGGGGAGUGAUUGUUGCUGUUGUUUAGGUCCACAAAGACCUCAGAACCAUCAGCAGCACGACCAGCAGCAGCAUCAGCAGCAAGGUGACGGUGGUUCCUCGUCGUUGCUCGUUGAGGUAACGCUCAGUGCACACAUCUGCGUCCAUCAGCAUCCUGCUGGGGGUGGAUGUGGGGCUCCACGGACCCCACCACCGGAUGUGCGUGUGUUGAGAGACAGUGCCACCAACACAAACCCUUCCGUAUUCGAGCGAGACGAGGACGAGGUAGCCAUAAGAAGUGAUUCGGAUACUGGGUCCGCCAGUGGAUCUGAGAGGCGUCGCACCAAGGAUCCUUCCAGUGCGGACAGUGGCAUCAUUCUGCUCGAUGAUGAGCUCGGAGAGGAUGACCACGCUGGUGACAGUCAUUACGGUGGGCUAGAGGAACAGUUUGGUCACAGCAACCGUAGCAACAGCAGCAGCAGCAGCAGCAGUGCUGAACAUUGUGAUCGUGAUACGCAAUCGUUUAUUGGAAAUUAUUAUAUUGACAGUGAAAAACCCUCCCCACGGACACCAACGAGGACGUUUGGGUGUGUUGGUGAUGAGAGAGAGCCACCACCACCACGGAGCGCACAUUCCGCAGCAUCUUCCGCCGAACCCAGCUGCAGGGAGGAGGAGGAGGAGCAGCAGCAGCAGCAGGAUCCGGAAGCUGAUGGUGGCAGAGGUGAACGACGGCGAAGUAGUGUCGAGUGUUUCGAGGCAAGUCAGCGCUUGAAGCGUCUCGAGGAGCGUUUCCGGGAUUUUGCCUACACGAAGAAGCUACUACGUGAGU